GGGGUUGUGAGCCGUGGGAGCUCCUUCUUUCCCCAGGAACAGCGGCAAAGACAAGACAAUGCUGAAAAUGGAUCCUUCAGCUGCCUAUGAUUUGCUGGUGGACGGUGUCCAGGACUGGGAUCUUACCGGUGACCGUGUUCCUUGUGAGCUGCUGCUCACUGGCGAGACUGCCUUCCCAGUGCUGGUGAACCGCCGGGGGCAGGUCCUGAUCGCUGCCUCACAGUAUGGGAAAGGCCGGAUGGUGGUUGUCUCUCAUGAGAGCUACCUGGGGAGUCCCAAGAUGGCUCGGUUCCUACAUAAUGCUGUGGGUUGGCUCAGUGCCUCCCCAGGAGCGGUGGUUGGUGUUCAGAAGAGCUUGAGCUCCCUGCUGAGCAUUCUCAGUAGUUCUGGCACCCGAGUGCAGCCAAGUAAGGAGCUCAUUGCCUCGUUUAGGGUUUACUGUAUGGAUGCCUAUGAUGCUGCACAGGAGAGGGAGCUGAUCCAGUUUGUGAAGAGAGGAGGGGGUCUGCUCAUUGGGGGUCAGGCUUGGCACUGGGCCUCUGGACACAACACAGAGAGAGUGCUGUUCGAUUUCCCUGGGAAUCAUAUAACCAGCGUGGCAGGAGUUUAUUUCAUGGAUAUAUAUGGUGAGACGGGGAUCUUCAGUGUCUCAGACAAAGUGCCUGCAAUUCCCUUGAUCACUCCGCAUGGGCUAGAUUUCAGCAAAGACUUAAACCUUCUCCUAAGAGGGGUGUCAGAGCUAGACAUAGUGACAGAUGGUGUGCCCUCUCACCUGCUGGUCCAUGGCACACUGGCCUUCCCCCUUGGCUUGGACAGCGCCUAUCAAUGCUUUCUUGCAGCAGCUCACUAUGGCCGGGGCCGUGUGGUGGUGGCUACACAUGAGGUCCAUCUUAGCACCCCAAAACUGACAGACUUCAUCCUCAAUGCCAUUCACUGGCUGGGUGCUGAGAAGAGAGGGAGAAUUGGCAUCAAUCCCAAUCUGAAGAACCUUCAUGACCUGCUGACUCAAAGACAGGUGGUGUGCGAGAUCUCAGAGCUUACCGACAAUCUCAGCAUCUACUGCUGCCAGUCCUACAGUGACAACGAGGCCAAAAAGAUCCAUGAGUUUGUGGCAGAAGGAGGGGGCCUGCUGAUUGGAGGUCAGGCUUGGUGGUGGGCUUCUCAGAAUAAGGGCCAAAACGUUCUGGAUGAAUAUCCUGGCAACAAAAUCCUCAAUGGGUUCGGGAUCAGCAUUCUGGGGGAAACCAUGGAGGCAGGCAAAUACCCAGUGUUACGACCCAAAGAGCAGAGGGGACAUUAUCACUUCCGCAGGGCACUCGCUCAGUUCCAGCAGCACUUAGACAAGAAGGAGGAACUCCAGCCCCCAGUGACAGGCUGGCUUCAGAAACUGAGCCGGGACUGUGCCAAAGUCCUUCAGAUCCCAGUCAAAAAUGGCCACAUCUACGCCUCAUUGUACCACAUCCUGUACAUGAUGGUGCAGAGCAGUGGGAUCCCACCGGUGAGCAAGGAACACCCAGUCAAGGGGAACUCCAAGGAGGUCGUGCUGCUUCACAUGGCUACAGUAUUAUGCCAAAGCAUGUCCAACGAUGCGAGGCUAGCACUCUGUGAACUCCCCACAGUCCCUAGCACCACUGUGGAAAUCAACUGCACAAACUCAGACAAGACAAAACUGAACAUGGAUUUUUCAGCUGCCUAUGAUUUGCUGGUGGACGGUGUCCAGGACUGGGAUCUUACUGGUGACUCUGUUCCUUGUGAGCUGCUGCUCACUGGCGAGACUGCCUUCCCAGUGCUGGUGAACCCCCGGGGGCAGGUCCUGAUUGCUGCCUCACAGUAUGGGAAAGGCCGGAUGGUGGUCGUCUCUCAUGAGAGCUACCUGGGGAGUCCCAAGAUGGCUCGGUUCCUACAUAAUGCUGUGGGUUGGCUCAGUGCCUCCCCAGGAGCGGUGGUUGGUGUCCAGAAGAGCUUGAGCUCCCUGGUGAACAUUCUCAGUAGUUCCAGCACCCGAGUGCAGCCAAGUACGGAGCUCAUUGCCUCAUUUGGAGUUUACUGUAUGGAUGCCUAUGAUGCGGCACAGGGGAGGGAGCUGAUCCAGUUUGUGAAGAAAGGAGGGGGUCUGCUCAUUGGAGGUCAGGCUUGGCACUGGGCCUCUGGACACAGCACAGAGAGAGUGCUGUUCGAUUUCCCUGGGAAUCAUAUAACCAGUGUGGCAGGAGUUUAUAUCAUUGAUGUAUAUGGUGAGACGGGGAUCUUCAGUGUCUCAGACAAAGUGCCUGCAAUUCCCUUGAUCGCUGCGCAUGGGCUAGAUUUCAGCAGAGACUUAAACCUUCUCCUAAGAGGUGUGUCAGAGCUAGACAUAGUGACAGAUGGUGUGCCCUCUCACCUGCUGGUCCAUGGCACACUGGCUUUCCCCCUUGGCUUGGACAGCGCCUAUCAAUGCUUUCUUGGAGCAGCUCACUAUGGCCGGGGCCGUGUGGUGGUGGCUACACAUGAGGUCCUUCUUAGCACCCCGAAGCUCACAGACUUCAUCCUCAAUGCCAUUCACUGGCUGGGUGCUGAGAAGAGAGGGAGAAUUGGCAUCAAUCCCAAUCUGAAGAACCUUCAUGACCUGCUGACUCAAAGACAGGUGGUGUGCGAGAUCUCAGAGCUUACCGACAAUCUCAGCAUCUACUGCUGCCAGUCCUACAGUGACAAUGAGGCCAAGAAGAUCCAUGAGUUUGUGGCAGAAGGAGGGGGCCUACUGAUUGGAGGUCAGGCUUGGUGGUGGGCUUCUCAGAAUGAGGGCCAAAAUGUUCUGGCUGAAUAUCCUGGCAACAAAAUCCUCAAUGGGUUCGGGAUCAGCAUUCUGGGGGAAACCAUGGAGGCAGGCAAAUACCCGGUGUUACGACCCGAAGAGCAGUGGAGACAUUACCAUUUCCGCAGGGCACUCGCUCAGUUCCAGCAGCACUUAGACAAGAAGGAGGAACUCCAGCCCCCAGUGACAGGCUGGCUUCAGAAACUGAGCCGGGAUUGUGCCAAAGUCCUUCAGAUCCCAGUCAAAAAUGGCCACGUCUAUGCCUCAUUGUACCACAUCCUAUACGAGAUGGUGCAGAGCAAUGGGAUCCCAUCGGUGAGCAAGGAACACCCAGUCAAGGGGAACUCCAAGGAGGUCGUGCUGCUUCACGUGGCUACAGCAUUAUGCCAAACCAUGUCCGACUGUGCGAGGCCAGCACUCUGUGAAUUCCCCACAGUCCCUAGCACCACUGUGGAAAUCAACUGCACAAUCUCAGGUGAUGCAGCAUGGAGGAGCACAGGACUUUACCUUCCACGUGGGAACACAGUGACCUUUAUAUUUCCUAGUACUGUUACUGGAGUUGGCCUGCAGGUGCAGAUUGGGUGUCACUCAGAUGACCUCAGCAGAGCAGAGGAGCUGAAACGCCCCCCUGUGGUGAUACGCAGAUGUGACGUCAAAGAUCAGAAGAUGUCAGUCUCCUCUCUCUGGGGGGGCCUCAUUUACAUCAUAGUGCCAAAGGGAAGCCAGCUGGGGGGAGUGUCGAUCACUGUAAAAGGGGCUGUGCAGGCUCCUUUCUUCAGGCUUGGAAAGACAUCUAAGAGCCAGUGGCUGACUUGCAUCCAUCACUAUCCAGCUCCGUGGGCCGAACUAGCUACCCAAAAUAUCAUCUUAACGGUGCCUGCUGACAGCAUCCGUCCCAUAGACGAUCCAGAGCCUUUGCUGACCCUCUGGGAGCGGAUUAUGGCAGCUGUAGCUGAGCUGGCUGCUACAGGAGCCACGUUCCCUCGGCCAGAAAGGAUUGUAGCAGAUGUUCAGAUCUCAGCCGGCUGGAUGCACUCUGGCUACCCAAUCAUGUGUCAUUUGGAUUCAGUAAAGGAGUUGGUGAACAUGGAAUACAUGCACACGAAUGGCCUUUGGGGUCCCAUGCAUGAGCUGGGACACAACCAGCAGCGGGCAGGCUGGGAAUUCCCCCCUCACACUACUGAAGCCACCUGCAACCUGUGGUCUGUCUACGUGCAUGAGAAGGUGCUGGGGAUCCCCAGGGACAGAGCCCACGAAGAGCUACAGUUGAAGAACCGCAAGAAGAGAAUCAGCGAUUACCUUGGCAAAGGAGCCCAGCUAAAGGAUUGGAAUGUCUGGACUGCACUGGAGACCUACCUGCAGCUGCAGGAAGCCUUUGGCUGGGAACCUUUCAUCCAACUCUUCUCUGAAUACCAGACAAUGUCUAACAUCCCCACAGACAACCCUUCCAAGAUGAACCUGUGGGCAGAGAAGUUCUCUCGGCAGGUGAAGAAGAAUCUGGCCCCUUUCUUUGUGGCUUGGGGCUGGCCCAUCAAGGGGGAAGUCUCUAAGAAGUUGGCAUCUCUGCCCAACUGGGAUAAGAACCCAAUGAAGAAAGUGUGA